UUUCCCUUUUUUUCAGUUCAAUGAGGGACUGUCUAUAAAAGCCUUUCCCACUGUCUCCUCUCUGCUCUGCUGACCUGGAGACCCCGCGGCCAACAUGAAGCUUCUCCUACUUACAGCCUUUCUAGGCUGUCUGGCUACAGUUUUUGCAAACGCCCCUCCAACAGUCAAGUGGUGUGUCAUCUCGGACCUAGAAUUAACGAAAUGUCAGGACCUACAGAAAAGCUCACCUGUUUUCUCCUGUGUCAGAAGAGAUACCCCCCUUGCAUGCAUAAUGGCUAUUAAGGCUGGUGAGGCAGAUGCCAUUACUCUGAGUGGUGAGGACAUUUACACAGCUGGACUGAUAAAUUAUGAUUUGGUCCCCAUCAUUGCUGAGGCAUACAUGGGUGCCAAUCAUGAUGCAUGCUUCUACAGUGUAGCUGUGGUAAAGAAGGACAGUACAAGUCAAUUUGGCUUGAGAGACCUUAGGGGAAGGAAAUCGUGCCACUCUGCUCUGGGAGACUCUGAGGGCUGGAACCUUCCAAUUGGUACUCUGAUAAGUAAUGAUGUGAUCCCUUGGGAAGGUACUGAUGACAGACCUCUACUCCAAGGUGUGAGCGAGUUCUUCAGUGCCAGCUGUGUCCCUGGUGCUCAAGGAUAUCAAAAUCUCUGCCAGCUUUGCAAAGGGGACUGCUCACAGUCCACAGGCAAUGAAUACUUUGGUGAUGCUGGAGCCUUUAAAUGUUUGGCAGACGGUGCAGGAGAGGUGGCCUUUAUGAACCCUACAGAAAUUCCAGCAUCUGAGAAAAACAACUAUGAGCUGCUAUGCCAAGACAACACCAGGCAAGCCGUCAGCAACUACCUAACAUGCAAUCUUGGAAGACAACCAGCACGUGCCGUUGUCACCCGCAAAGAUAAAGUAUUAGCUGAAUUGAUUUGGACAAGCCUUACAUCUGUUCGCGGUUUUAACUUGUUCAUAUCUGCAAGAUACGGGGGCAAAAACUUGAUGUUCACUGACACAGCAACAAAGCUUCAACAAGUUCCCCCAGAUACAGACUCCUUCCUGUAUCUUGGUGCUGAAUACAUAAGUAAGAUCAGCUCCCUCAAGACUCACGUCACCCCCAGUCUCCAGUCUGCUGUGAGAUGGUGCGCUGUUGGACACCCAGAGCUUGCUAAAUGUGACUUGUGGAAUGGCAACAGUUAUAAACCCGAUUCCGACUCCAAUGCUAUUGAAUGCCAGUCUGCUUCAACAGUGGAAGAAUGUUUCAAGAAAAUUAUGCGUCAAGAAGCUGAUGCAAUAGCAGUAGAUGGUGGGCAGGUGUAUACAGCAGGGAAAUGUGGUUUGGUUCCAGUCAUGGUAGAACAGUACGAUGAAGCUAAAUGUAGCAAUUCUGGAGGGUCAGCAUCCUCUUAUUAUUCUGUGGCUGUGGUUAAGAGGGGCUCAGGAGUAACCUGGGCAAACCUUAAAGGAAAGAGAUCUUGUCACACUGGCAUCGGCCGCACAGCAGGUUGGAAUAUCCCCGUGGGCAUUGUCCACAAACAAACAAAUAACUGUGACUUCAGCACAUUCUUUAGUAGUGGGUGUGCCCCUGGAGCACCCUCUGACUCUGUAUUUUGCCGGCAGUGUAAAGGCAGUGGAAAGGCUGUUGGAGAUGAGGCAAAAUGCAGCCCCAGUCAAGAAGAGCAGUAUUAUGGCUAUGCUGGGGCUUUUAGAUGUCUUGUGGAAGAUGCCGGUGAUGUGGCUUUCAUCAAACACACAAUUGUUGGGGAAAACACAAAUGGAAAUGGUCCUGACUGGGCAAAGGAUUUGAGAUCUGACGACUUCCAGCUGAUCUGUCCUGGGAAGGAUCCAAUGCCAAUUAGUGAUUAUGAACAAUGCCACUUGGCAAAAGUGCCUGCACAUGCUGUGGUUACAAGGCCUGAAAUGCGAACUAAAGUAGUCAAGACUCUCGUGGAUCAACAGGAUAGAUUUGGUGUACAUGGCAGUGAUGAUAAAUUCAGGAUGUUUCAGUCAGAGGGAGGAAAGAACCUUCUCUUUAAAGACUCCACCAGGUGUCUCCAGGAGAUACAAGCCAAAUCAUAUGACACCUUUUUGGGGGAAGAAUACAUGACUGCCAUGGACUCACUCAGGCAAUGCACUGCAAAUACCCCAGAUCUGGAGAAAUCUUGCACUUUCCAAACUUGUCAAUAAAAUCAUUUGGGAAUGUUUUCCAAAAGAUUCUGCCCACUCUCGUGCAUUUCUGCAAAAAGACUGCCAAAACAUCUACAAUUUAAUGUAACAGAAAAUGUUGUUGCUGAGUGUAUUGUUUUUCUUUGUAAUUUCUCAAAUAAAAUAUAAAUGGGCAACAGUAAAA